ACAAAAAUUCCAACUUUUGUACGACUUCGCCAUUUCCUCUCUUCCGUCCUCACCUCACCUACUCCGAAUUUCUCAAUCCCCCCCUCUUUUCUCUCUCUCAAGAUCCAUUUUUGGUCGAGGGAUUCUGAUUGUGCCGUUCCAUCCGUGAUCUCGUUGGUAUUCCGAAGGUUGCAGGUUAUUACAUUUCUAGAAUGGAUUUUUUCUUUGGAAACUCAAACAGAGAAUCUUCAAAUUUUGACAUGGACAUUUUCAAGUGUCCAUUUCUGAUGAACAUCAAUGAACCAACUAACUUCUCCUUUACAUCAUCAAUGGCUUUCCCUAUUCCUGCACCGGAUGGGAAGGGUCCCAUAUUUGAGGAUGGUCCCAAUUUUGACAUGGCAUUCAGGCUCUUCCAUGGGCAAAAUGGCGUUGUUCCGCUUUCCGGAAGGUCAUUUGUUCCGACCCAGAAGUCUCAGCCCGAACAGUCACCAGCUCAAUUUAACCCCUUGGCAGCUAAAGCUGCCACCAUCAGCCUCUCUGGUUUUGGUGCAGGGGGGCCUUUUGGUUUUGAUGCUUUUUUUGAAAAGUGGGGGAAAGACAACAAGAAACCAAACCCUUCAAAAAAGGAGUCUUCUAAGGGAGGGAAAUCAGAGCAUGAAGCAAUGAGCGACGAUUGGCUGCAAAAAGGGAACUGCCCCAUUGCAAAGUCCUAUCGGGCCGUGAGUGGUGUGCUUCCACUUGUAGCAAAGGCCCUUCAGCCCCCUCCUGGUAUGAAGUAUAGGUGCCCUCCUGCAAUUGUGGCUGCCAGGAGCGCUCUAGCAAAAACCGCUUUUGCCAAAAACCUGAGGCCACAGCCCCUGCCUGCAAAAGUGCUCGCUAUCGGCCUUCUGGGAAUGGUGGCUAAUGUACCUCUAGGAAUAUGGAGGGAACACACUGAAAAAUUCUCGCCAUCGUGGUUCGUUGCUGUCCAUGCUGCUGUGCCAUUCAUAGGCAUGCUCAGGAAAUCUGUGCUAAUGCCAAAGGCAGCCAUGGCAUUCACCAUAGCGGCAUCUAUUCUAGGUCAGGUGAUUGGAUCUAGGGCUGAGAGGUACCGGCUCAAGACAGCUGCUGAUGCAAGGGUAUCGAAAUUUGCUGAAACUUCAAUCAUCGGGCCAAACCAGGCGACGGCUACUGGGAUCAAAUGCUGGGAAAAUGCUGAUUGGAGUUCGAAUUCUCUGCAAGUUCCUGUUGCCUCAUCCUCACCGGAGGUUUUCUGCUGAUCUCGUGGCAUUUUAUUCUUGUUUGUCGCCGUUGUGUUACAGGUCUAGUCAUCUGCAACUGUGAGCUUCUAUUCUUGUUGUUUUUAUUUACCACCAAAGACAUCCAUAAAGAAAUUUUGGUGAAAUAAAUGUGAGAAUAAGAGUCCUUUGUAUUAAUAUCAAACUGAGGAAGUAUUUUAUGUAAAAUUGUGUGUUGACUUUA